CCGCGUGUCCGAAACUCAAGAUGGCGGCGGAGUCACGUGGUGCGAGCAGAGAUGCCGGCCGCUCGGUCCCGGUCGCUUGUGUGGUGGCAUCGGUGAUCAGUUCAUACGUCCGCCGCCGGCGUAGUCGCUGUUGUCGCCGCUCGUCGUCGCCGCUCGGCUCGGCCGCUAUCUCGUCCGAUAACUCGCGAUGCGGUGACGGCGCCGCGGGAGUCGCGGGACUGACUUCGCGUAUGAUCUCGCGCGCGCGCGCGCGACUUCCUCGUCGACGCUGCUGGUGGUUUCGUCGGAGCCGUCGUCGCGUCGUCGUCGUCGCGGUGCGUGCGUGCGUGGAUUCCCGUCUCGCGCCGGCCGCGGAUGUGUGACGCGCGUUUCUCCUCACCGGGACCGAGAGCGUAAAAAAAAAAUGGCACAGGACACCGACGACAUCAACCUCACGCCGCAGGAGUUGCAGACGCUGUCGGAGCUGGACAGUCGACAGUUCGGCUUUCUCAAGCUGAACUCUCCGGAGCAGGCGAAGAAGAAGGCCCUGGUGGUGCGUGCCAUCAAGUACCUGGAGCGUAUGCUGGUUCAGGCCCAAGCGGAGAAGCAGCGCAGGAAAGCCGAUAGUACAAAAUCGUGCCCAGAUGACGCCAAGGAGAACGAGGAUGAGGACAAGGGGAUAAGCAUCGAUCCCAAGACGUACUGCAAGCUGGGACACUUUCAUCUACUCCUAGAAGAUUACAGCAAAGCUAUGUCGGCGUAUCAGAAAUUCUACUCUUUAAAAGGCGACUACUGGAAGGAUGCUUCGUUUCUAUACGGGCUGGGUCUUGUUUACUUUCACUUCAAUGCCUUCCAAUGGGCCGUGAAGGCGUUCCAGCAGGUGCUAUGGGUGGAACCAGGAUUUCCACGGGCCUGCGAGGUUCACCUACGGCUCGGCUUGAUGCUGAAGGUCCACGCUGAGUUCGACGCCGCCUUGAAGCACCUGACCCUCGCCCUGAUCGAUGCCACCACACCUGCCUCCUUCUCCAAGCUCGAGAUCAAGUUCCAUAUCGCUCACUUAUACGAGGUGCAGGGCAAGUAUCGUCUGGCCAAGGAGCAUUACGAGGCCCUGCUGAAGGAAAAGGUUUUGCCGUUGCAUCUGAAGGCCGACAUCUACCGUCAGCUAGGAUGGAUGUACCACGUGGUUGAGUGCACGGUACUGAGCAUAAACAGAGCGCAGAAGCAAGCCAUAGCUAUCCACUGCCUGCAAAAGUCCAUCGAGGCCGAACCCAAGAGCGGACAGAGCCUGUACCUUCUGGGACGUUGUCUGGCCGCCUCUGGAAAGGUGCACGAUGCAUUUAUCGCGUACAGGAAUAUAAUCCAAAAUACAGAAGAAAUUUUCCAAUCUAAUAGAAAGAGAUUAAAUAUAAUUGUAAGAAAUUCAGUCGAAAAAUCGGAAGGCAAUGCGGACACGUGGUGUAGCAUAGGGGUACUAUAUCAGCAGCAGAAUCAGCCUAUGGACGCACUGCAAGCCUACAUAUGUGCUGUGCAACUAGACAAAUCUCAUUCGGCUGCUUGGACUAAUUUAGGCAUACUGUACGAAAGUGUUAGCCAACCCAAAGACGCUUUGGCCUGUUACGUCAACGCAUCUAGGGGAAACAGCAAUAUAGCGAAUUGCACGGGCCCAUUCGCGGGCCUGGGUGGCGUUAAGUCCGGUGGCAACAACCCGAUGAACCCGUCCCUCCAACAGCGCAUCAGCUUUCUGCAGAGUCACCUAAGUCAAGCACCAAUGCCUUCCGUCGCUACCAAGAGGCGGCAAUUGCCGUCAAUCGAAGAGGCUUGGAAUCUGCCGAUCAGCGCAGAGAUGUCCAGCCGGCAGCAGCAGCAACAGCAGCAACCCGGCGGACCUUCGUCAAUAAUAUAUAACAAAUAUGGUGCCACACCGACUGGACCGCCUCCGCCUUAUCCUCAAGCUCAGGGACAGAAUGCUAAGCGAUUUAAGACCGACGAGGUGAUAUCGGCCGCGCCGCAGCAACGGGCGCCCCCGUUCUACCUAACGCCGCCGCAACUGCAUAUGCUGCAUUAUCUACAACAGAAUGUUAAUAGCUUGACACCGCAACAGCAGGCUGUGCUCGUCCAGCUGCAGCAACAAUACCGUACGAUGCAGCAACACCAGCAACAAAUCAGGCAGCAGCAGCAAGCGGGGCAGCGAGGCCUGAGGCCAGGACAACCCGGUUAUCCCAUGGCAUAUGGCCAUCCUCAGAACCUCGCCCAAUCGUCGGGUGUCAUCAAGAACUACGGCAUACCGCAACAACCGUUGCAGCAAGGAGGUACGGUUGCGCUGCAGACGGGCUUCUCCGACACCAAUGUCGGCUACAAUACGGCGGCGACCGGGAACACCACGCAGACACCAGGAAUGCCUUACAAAUCCGCCGCCGAUCCCACUUAUCCGCCGCAGAGACAACAGAUCGCCGGCGGCGCCCAGUAUGGUGGUCAGUAUCAGCAGCAGCCGAAUCAGUACGCUGCUCAGGGUUACACGCAGGUCACGUCGGCGACCAGCGGCUACUCGGAGAGCUCGACGGUGGCUGCAGCGAACAAGGACAAUCUGGGCGUGACGGACCAGGAGUUGCAGGCGCUGCUGUCACAGAAGGACAUAGCCACGUCGCUGGCGGAGGACCUGCUCAAGCACUUCGGUUCCGACGAUUUGGAGAACGUCGUGAAGGAGGAACCACCGAGCGGCGGUGUCGUCAAUGACAACGGCACGUUGAGCUCCGGUCCGUUCUCGCCGUCGAAUCUCGAGGAGAGCGCGGCAGACAAGGUGAAGGAGGUGAAACUGGAAAAAUCGGAAGAGGCGGCUUCCCAGCCGACGAAGUCGACGACGGACGCUGUGACGACGGCGGUCAUGACGACGGCCGCGACGACGACUGUGACAACGGUGAAGUGUGAGACGACGACGGUGAAGUGUGAGACGACGAUGACGACGUCGUCGUUAUCCUCUGGCACGACGAUGACGACGGCAACAAUAAGCAAGAGCGAAGCGACUAAUAUUUCCAAGACAGAACCGAUGAUGAAUCUGAAGCUCGAGUCGUUGUGCGAGUCGCAACCGGAACAGGAGUUGAACAUCGAGAUGGACGCCAGGACGGUUAUCGAGGCGUGCAAGGGCCAGGGGCUGAAAGGCGUGCCGAAUUGCUCGAUACUGAGCGACCGUUCGCCACCGCCGGCGCCACCGGAUCCACCCAGUCAACGACUGACGAAGGAGCAGUUGUUGCCGCCUACACCGAGCGUCUAUCUCGAGAACAAGAAGGACGCCUUCAGUCCGCAGCUGCAGGAAUUUUGUUUGAAGCAUCCGAUUGCUGUGAUACGUGGCCUCGCAGCGGCGCUCAAGCUCGAUCUGGGUCUUUUCUCAACUAAGACUCUAGUCGAGGCGAAUCCAGAUCACGGCAUCGAGGUGCGCACGCAAAUGCAGCAGACCAGCGAGGAGAACUGGGAUCCGACGCUCAACAAGAAAGUCUGGAACUGCAUCAGUCACCGCAGUCACACGACGAUCGCAAAGUACGCGCAAUAUCAGGCUUCCAGCUUUCAGGAGAGCCUGAGAGAAGAGAAGGUGCAGGGCGGCGUGCAUGCCUCCAAUCUGUCAGAUUCGGACUCGAAGGACAGUACCGGUCAGACGGUCCGACGCAAAAAGAAUACUUUUGGUCUUGCCGGUAGACCGGGAACCAAGAUGCUGCGUUUUGGUACCAAUGUGGAUCUGUCGGACGAGAGGAAGUGGAAGCCGCAGUUACACGAACUAAUGAAGUUGCCGGCCUUUGCCAGGGUGAUAUCGGCUGGUAAUAUGCUCAGCCAUGUGGGCCAUGUGAUCCUAGGAAUGAACACCGUACAAUUGUACAUGAAGGUACCUGGCAGCAGAACACCCGGACACCAGGAGAACAACAAUUUUUGUUCUAUUAAUAUCAACAUCGGGCCGGGCGACUGCGAAUGGUUCGCGGUACCAGAUGCGUACUGGGGCGUAAUAUGCUCGCUCUGCGAGCGCAACGGCAUCAGUUACCUGCACGGCAGUUGGUGGCCGAAUCUGGACGAUUUGUACGAGGAGAACAUCCCGGUGUACAGGUUCCAUCAACGACCGGGCGAUCUCGUGUGGGUGAACGCGGGUUGCGUGCACUGGGUACAGGCGGUCGGCUGGUGCAACAAUAUCGCAUGGAACGUCGGCCCGCUCACUGCCAGACAGUAUCAGCUCGCGAUCGAGCGUUACGAGUGGAACAAGCUGCAGGCGUUCAAAUCGAUUGUGCCGAUGGUGCAUCUUUCGUGGAACUUGGCGCGUAACAUCAAGGUCUCGGAUCCACGACUGUUCGAGCUGAUCAAGAAUUGUCUUUUGCGAACGAUGAGACAGUGUUGUUUGAUACUGGAGUUUGUGAAGAGCAAGGACGUGGAAGUGCGUUUCCAUGGUCGCGGCAAGAACGAGGCCUCGCACUAUUGCGGCCAGUGCGAGAUCGAGGUGUUCAACAUCCUGUUCAUCCGCGAGCAGGAGAAACGUCACGUAGUGCACUGCAUGGAUUGCGCGCGUAAGCAGUCUCCUUCGUUGGAGGGAUUCGUCUGUUUGGAAGAGUAUCGUAUGCGCGACUUGAUGGAGGUUUACGACGGAUUCACCUUGCACAUGCCGCUGGCCACUGCCACCAGCACCGCCACCACCACUUCCUCGUCAUCAUCGUCGACGGUAUCGACGACGUUACAGACACAAACCGGCCAGUCCUCCUGAGAUUACCUGCAACAUAUAUAUUUGGACUUCCUUAGCACGCUGCAGUAGUAGUGAUCACUACCAUCCGGGAAAUGCGAAUUCUUUCCGGAUGGUAGCGAUCAUUACUGCUAGUGUUAGUCCUUUUCUCAAUGCGAGACGCGAGAAGACAUUUCUUACGAUAAGCAUUAUCCAUGUACCUGAGAGCUACGCGAAAAGGGGCGGGACCGGCUCCUUGGGAGCUCCUCGUAGGCUACCGUCCGCAAAUGAUACCGGAUGAGAUGGGGUGAAAGCGUGACACUAAUUUCUCUCGAAAUAUCGACUUUGGGAGGAGAGAUAUUUUUUCAGUAACAGUUAUUACAUCUCAAAGAUAGUAAUAAUGCAUUUUCUACUGCGCUUUAAUCCAAGACUGUGCUCUGUUAAAUAUUCUUCCUCUAAUAAUAUCUGAUAUAAUAUUUUUGGAGACAAUUGUCGUGCUUUACCUCAUCUCCUGUACAUUUAUAUUUUAUCUCAAUUUGUGUACGGCAGCCUUUUUAGCAACUGCGCUUUAAUCUGCACCUGAUCAUUCGAAUUCGCUGUUAGGAACAUGAUUAUCGCGACAGAGCUUCGUGAGCCGAUCCCAAGGGGAAGAAGAUAAUCGAAGAGCGGCAGUCUUUUCGGUAGACGCGAAGAUUGAUUCGCGCUGCUUGCGGCUUGCUCGCUCGCUCGUUAGUUAGCCCUGUUUGUACAAAUCUAACUUGUUUAUCUAUAAAAAAGAAAUAUCAUCGCCAGACUAUUCCCUGUAAAUAUCCAACGGCGGCCACGAUUUUUCUUUUUAUAUAGCUCUCGGGUAUUGGCUAGAGAAGACUGUCUCUAAUUAUUAAAGGACGUAAUAGCGUAGUAAUCGGCCCGCGGCAUCGUCAUGCGAUCGUUCCCGAUUUUAGCGCGCUGGACUUUUUUUUUGCCGGAUUCGACCAGAUUUUUUCCUUAUUAUCGUUUAUUUAUUAUUGUUUAUUAAUUAACGAUCAUUGUGAUUCGUGAUAGAGAUUGCAAGUCUCUGGAUGUUAAGUAUCGUGCAGUGCAUCGCGAGCAGCAUCGUGGAAAUUUAAUCUUUGAAUCUUUGUUUUUUUUUGUUCUUCGUCCUCUUCGCGAUUAGUUCGGGGAGGGGGGAGGAGGGGUAAGACUCUGCGUUAUACGUUCUCACUGCCACUUACGAAAUCGCUGAGAUAAUGUGAGAGAUUCACCCUUUAUCGUAUAUAUUUUAAGAAUCAUGUAAAGAGGUUGCGCAUCGUUAAUUAAUAAUAAUCAUUGUUAGAGAAAUACGUAUAAAGGCAUAUUACUGCCGUGCGUGGCACUGCUCAAAUCAUUUGUACAUUUUUGUAUGCGAAAUCAGCUGUGAGAUCAGGAAACUAAAAAAUGAAAAAAAAAAUUAGUAAGAGUGUCUCUAUAGUGUAGCGUGAUCUCCACUGCCAAUCAUGCAUGCUAUUUCCUGUUAAAUGAAACGAUCAAUUAUUAAAAUUUAAGUGUUGUAUGAAAUUAAUGCCCCGAGUGUGCGGGCACGGGAGUUUAAUAUCCAGGACGAUUAUCGAUUGUUUGUCCAAAUCUACAAAGACUAAAAUUAAAGUAGACGUAAAGGGGUCUAGCAAAACUAACUGGAAUGAAAACACGACAGAUAUAAGAGACUCGUGUCUGUCUCGUUAAAAGUGAAAUCUUUGAAUUUCAAUUGUGGUUUCUUACGUGUGACGUCGACUAUACUUUUCCAUGAAAUAUACAAUAUUUUUGUUUUUUAUAAAAAUCAUAUUUCUGCUAUAAAGGGGCUUAACGUGUGUGUGUGCGCGCGCGCACUGUGAUUUUUUUAAGCAAAAUUCUCGAGUUCUAGCGAAAAAAAAGUAGAAGAAACGAAUGUAUGCGAAAGUCGCGCGCCGCUCGCAAGGCGAUGAUACGCGGCGAUGAAGUGAGAGAGGAGGCGAGAUAGGGUCUGUCCGGAAAGGGGAGAGAAUAGAGACACACUGUAGAAGAGAAAGAGAGCUUCUUGUUCAUCAGGUUAAUCGUACUUUAAGACAACAAAUGUACCUUCACUCACAGUCUCGUCAAUUGAUCACGGCGUUCGCAGCCGACGUAACGUGCCAGAACGCUUAUCUAUACCGCCACCCUGUAUGUUAGCCCGACUCGAGGAACUUGAGGAUUAAGAGUAGAUAUGUACCUUUGCUAUUGUUAAACUAAUAUUAUACCGGUCGAAAUCAGCGGAAAAAUGAAAGACGGAAUAAUUGAGGCACCUGACCUGCUGCCACUGCAGCCACACUGAAUCGAGAGGCGAAGGAAAUUGCGUCACUGCGAUUACCUGCAAGUGUUCCUUUAAUAAAAUCAGAUUUACUUUUAAUUCUCAAUUCCUCGACCCUUGUCCCGAGCGAACUGCGCGCGAGAGGGGGGGGGGGGUAGAAGGAAGAAGAAAAAAAAGUAGUUAGCUCUUCGCGCCACGAGAAAUGAUCAUCCGCAAAAUGAAGCGAUGUAUUUUUGAAUAUCUAGAAGCGCUAGUUCCACCGAGUCAGUAGUUUCUGAGAAAUUAAACGAGAGAAAAAAAGGAGGAUCGCGCCGUGUUCUCCUCUUAUUUUCUACGAUUGUACUCUAGACAAGUCAUAAAUGCCCAUAACAUUCGUCGUAUCUAUACGUCUUCUCUGCUACCUUCAUUUUUUUCUUUAAAGCAAAAUAGCGUGUUUAGACACUGUACAGAAAAUUUUGUCGCAGAGCUGUCCGACAAGUAUUCCAGGCCUAUUAAAUUUGGCCAAGUACACAAUUCGCGGAUCCUAAUGAAUUGCGAGUCAUAGCUUUACUUCAAAGGGCUCUCUUGAGUAAUUAACUAUACAGGUCAUAUUUUUUAGAAAUCUAACGAGAGAUCUCGUCUGACCUGCGGCGAGAGCAAAGAAAGAAGCUCUUGGAAGAAACUCUCUUCAGUGCAUUUGAAUGCGGUCUCACCAGCGGAGACCUUCGGGACUUUCAUAGAAAUGUGGGAUUUCACCGAGCGUACAAACCGCCGAUGACUGCACAACUAUUAUCAUUCGCUCGGGCACGCGUCGAGAAGUUACAAAGCAUCAAAUUGUCCUUCUCGUGAUGAAGUGGACAACUGCAUUGUUCACGAAACGUUGGCAUUAACAAUCAAGACACGGAGAAAAUCCUUUUUAAGUUACAAAGCAGUUACGAAAGACCUAUCGAGUAGGUAGAGACGUUGGAAUAUACUCUUUUUAAAGCGGAACGAUCUAUGCGAAUGACCUUGUGCGCCCGAGAGAAUGUACAACUUGCAGCUGUUGAGGCGGGCAAAGCAUCGGUCGGUUUAGUCGCCAAGUAUGUCAAUUUGCACACAGCUUAUAAACAUUCGGCGGGACGGAGGGGGGGGGGGGAGAUUGCAAUACGUUCGAGCGCGAAUGUUAAGGCAUUUAUGACAUAAUUAGCGUACAGCAAUAUGACGACCACGCGCGACGCUUGGGGGGGAGCAGGGGACGAAA